AACCGAGUUUCAUCAGUCAGUUCACACACUCGGUGGAGAACAGACGCACAGCAACACAGUCCCAAUCUCUCUACCAUCCACACACAAACAUGAGUUCUCUUCUCAAAAACUUGAUCGUGACUAACACCUCCUCCGCCUCCGCCAAGGAAGAUAACAAUGACAGCAUCAUCCACCUUCAGGAGCAGCCGAGUGAAACUAUUACCAUUCAGGGCCGCCGCUUGCUCUCAUCUUGCAGCCACCGAGAGCGCCUCCGUGCCCUGGCCUCUGGCGGGGGCAGCAUGUGCCUGGAGGAGACGGUGAUGGGGGACGACACCCCGUACCCAUUCGAGGUGAUCAAAGAAAGUGCUGACUACUUGCUCUCUGGCACACAACAUCGUCCCAAGAUUGGAGUUAUUUGUGGAUCUGGCCUGGGAGGCUUGGCGGACCAACUGGAUGAAAGGGAUGUGUUCCCUUAUGAGUCAAUACCCAACUUCCCUGUGUCAACCGUUGCUGGUCAUGCAGGCAGGAUGGUCAUUGGUCUGCUCUCUGGAGUGCCAGUCAUGUGUAUGCAGGGACGCUUCCAUGCCUAUGAGGGUUAUCCACUAUGGAAGUGUGCCAUGCCAGUACGUGUGAUGAAACUGAUGGGAGUCUCGCAUAUCAUUGUCACCAACGCUGCUGGAGGACUCAACCCAGAAUACAAAAUUGGUGACAUUAUGAUCAUUAAGGACCACAUCAACAUGCAGGGAUUUGCUGGGGAUUCUCCUCUGAGAGGCAGGAAUGAUGAACGAUUUGGACCUCGCUUCCCAGCCAUGAACAAUGCAUAUGACAAAAAUCUCAUUGCCAUGGCCAAGAAGAUUGUUGCGGACAUGAACCUGACGAAUGUUGUGCAAGAAGGCGUAUAUGUCAUGCUGGGUGGGCCCACCUAUGAGACUGUUGCUGAACUUAACAUGCUGAGGAUCAUUGGGGUGGACGCUGUGGGUAUGAGCACUGUACCAGAGGUUGUGGUUGCUCGGCACUGUGGGAUGAAAGUAUUUGCCUUCUCUCUCAUCACAAACCAGUGCAUCACACAGUAUGACACUGAUGCACAGGCUAACCACGAAGAGGUCAUUGAAGUUGCCAACAUCCGCAAGAAGGAUCUACAGAACUUGGCCCGGAGAAUUAUAGUAAAUAUGUCUGAGGAGUAUCAAGAGAGUUGAACUUCAGACUAAUCUGACCGAGUGAUGAUUUUUAUUUUAUAUAGUAUACGUACAGUAUUUUUUAAUCUUAGGGUACAAAUAUGGAAACCGGAUCGAGAAGAAUGGGAUGAGUGUGGAAAAUUAAUAUAAAUUCAGUCAAUUAUUUUCUUGAACACUGUAACAUCUCUCUUAACAUGAAUAAUUAUAAUCAGUGCACACAAUCUGGUUAACGACGACUUCAAGUUCUGUGAAUGAGAUCGUUAAUUGGACCUUAUUGUAUUUUUGCACUGUACCAAAAUUUUGUACAGUACAGUAUUAAUUAUCUUGAAUGAAACUUGUGUGCCCUUUUCAGACAAAUUGCAUUACUCAUACAAGUCGUAAUCUAGACAAAGCUGACUUUCCUAACCAUCUGGGAAUGUUUUUUGCAGAUUUUCAUACCUGUUUCUUCAUUCCUUAUGAUGCAGACUUCCAUACCAGUAGCCUCCUCAUAUUUUGUGUACAGUACAGAACUUGAGGAUUACAGCCAUUAUAAGUGUUCAUGGGCUUCAGCGUUUAUAUUUAUAAAUAUUAGUACAGUACUGUAUUCUAAUUCUUGCUCAUAUCUUUGUUAAUGUUGGUACAAAUAUCUCAUUGCAGAAAAAUUGUAAGGCUGCUCGUAGUGGUAAUUACAGUACCGAUAUAUCUGUGUAAAUACAGUAUUGCAUUGUUUAAUUGUGUUAUUCGUGGGAAUAAUCACUUGCAUGCAGAAUCCUCAAUGUUCAUUAUUGCAUAUUUUUACUACUAAGAAUUGCUAUGAUUGUGAUAGGAACUAACAUGGAUUAGAUGGUGUGUGACAUCCUUGGAGGGAAGAUCUCUCCUCCACUGAUGUUAACUUUUCCUCCUAGACACAUCUAAUGUCACAACAGUUCUUGUCUUUGAUUGUUUAUAAGUCUUUUGUUUAUAAAAGAUGUUUUUACAAUUUACUGGUUGAGGGAGGAAGGAGUUAUUUUUAUAUUUUUGACUUUUAAUUAUCUGUCUGGAUUGUAGGAUAGAUUUUUAAUAUAUUAUAAGACGUAGUUAAACUACUCUCAAGAUCAUGAUAAUUUCGUCAGAAAAUUAGUCUAGGUUGUUUUUAUUCUAAAAGACAUUACUGUACUGCACUGUAGUUCCCUUUGAUGGAUAUUCAAAUUUGAUUAUAGUUAAUACUUCCUGUAUGAAAAAAUGGACCAAGGUCAGUUUUGACAGUUGUGGCUUUUACAGUUUCAGGGUCAUAAACCAUAUUUUACAACACUUUCCUUGAGCUGUUGCAAGUGUAACACUAUUUAUUUAUCACCGACACGUCCUGGUAACACGACCUCAAAGACUCGGGUUUCACAAUCUUUUCUCUUCUUGAUGGUCGGACAAUUUACCUACCCUCCCCCAAUUCUCUAAAAUUUUGGUUUCCAUUUGUGUUGUUCUUUCUGGAAGUUCUAUUCUUACUGGUAUAAAAAAAAACUCUUCAUUUUUCUCAAUUAAUAAUUUCAGUAAAUGCAAUAUUUGUGGAUGUACUUUUGGUCCUCGUAUAGAAUUCAAACUAUAAUCUGAAGAAGCAGAAUCUUAAAUGAUGUACGUCCAUCCAGUUCCCUAAAGAAAAUAUCUUUCAAGUACAGAUUAAAUUUAGUUCCCUCCUGCCAACUCUAAUAGUCGUACAGUACUGUACUGCAGUAUACAGUAUUAGUAUUGAAGUUAGUUUGUUUUACAACCUGAUUUUCUUGUUUGCAAUAGAAUACCACAGAUGUGGUAGCAUAUGCCAUAUACUGUACAGUACUGUACUGUAUUAGAAUGUGAGUUAUUGAAUUAUAUACUGUACUGUAUAAUUAUACAGUACAUAUAGCUUUCAGUAUUGUGUGUGUAGUGUUUGGUUUGUGAAAGGAUUCAUACAUUCCAUACCAGCUCAGCCUGUAAGAGGUUUGUAUUGAAAAAUUUGUAAAUACAUUGUAUUAAUUACUGGUGAAUGUAUUUUAGCUUUAUAAAUAUUUAUAAGUGAUGUUAAAUUUUACUUUUCGAAAAAGUAAUAAAAUAUUUUUAAAAUU